CAAAGGCGUAAGCCAACAGACUGACAAUCACUCUGUGUUAACUCUUACCCACAAGCCAUGUGAGCCGCCUCUGUCCGUUAAGCCUGCGUUAGCCUGCACCUCGCCCGCAGCAGCAGCCAGCUCUAGCAGCUGAACAUCAUUGGUCGUCCCCGUUCAGCGUCUCGGCUUCAUGCACCUCACCGCUGACGGGAUUCAGGGACUCAGUGGCCAUACGGUGUCUCCACGCUCUGGGCCGUAUCUGGACGAUGUAACUCAACCCUUCUGAGGCAGCGUAGCUGAGGACUGAACUCUUGCGCCGCUGCUGCGCUUCUGACCGGCGAUGUCUUUCCGCCGCGUUACAUCUGGGUCUCAGUUGCCUCUCAGCACGUUAUACACUACGGCAUCCCAACGUAGCUCUAUUUGCCGGCGCUCUGCGCGCCUGACGCCCAGCCGUCAAUCGGAAAUUGGAUGCAUUCGCUCCUCGCCUUCCGCUCUUCUGGACUCCUGUAACGGACACGCAUUUCAGGCUCUUUCAUAUAUCAGCAAUUUGGCCUUCGGGAGCGGCCGUGUCACUCGGUUCCUGCAUGGCCGACUUCGGCACGCGUCGCAGCCCCGCGUCAGCAGUUGCUCCGACUUCUCCCAUCCCGCCUAGCCGCGCUGCUUCCCUCACAGCGCCGCCAGCGCCACUGCACCCAGCAGUACCGCCGACACUGCUACUGGCCGCGCUUAUCGCCGCCAACAGCAACUUCUUCGUCUUCCUGGACAGUCACCUGCUACUUCUCUUCUCGGUUGUUUCACCCCGGGUCAGCCAGCCUUAAGCCUCAGCGUACCUCGUCCCCAUCGGCUUCCUCUACUCUGUGCCCCGGCGCACCACCACCCACGUGGAGCUCGCAUCGCGCUAGCCAGAGCCUUAGCAGGACGACCCCAGUGCGCAUCCUGGGGGGCCGACUUGGUGGCCGCUGCGGCAUGGCCCGACUGGCGCCUGCAGGGCGGGGCAUGCACCGCCGCUCGUGUGCCCGAUACCCUGUAUCUCGGGUGUCAUUGCUGGAUUGCAGUUGCAAGCAGCGUGCCGCUGCUCGCUUCACAGCGUGUUCUCAUCAGCCAUCCGCUUGGAGCUAGCUCGCAGUGGCUAGCGUGGAGGACUGACCUGACUAGUGACGCGUGUGCUAUGCUAGUUUGGUUACAGUUUGUGUCUGUCGCGUGGCACGAACACUCUCGCAUGUCAUUCCGCAUGAUAUGUGUGCUGUCUCUUGCUUUUGGUUCCCCUGUUUGCAUUCAGGGGGGGCACGCACUUGUCGCCACCGUGCUUGGGGGUUACGACUUCGCAGACUCUUCUCCUCGUCUCCUACAGUCGUGGGGGGGAACUGUGUGCCCGGUGGCGGAGGAUUACCGGUUCGGUUGUAGCGCAUGACAGCUGUCGGGUGCCAACGCGUACGUGGUUCGGCGCAACCUCCUAGGACCCCCGGUCCGGCAUGCCGUGUGUGCUGAGGUGUCACCGUGUGGUUCGCCAUCCCCGGCGGAUGAGCCGCAUGGGCCUCGCCUAGCCUAUAUGGUACUCAACAGCGACCUGGCUCGCUGGUUGAGUUACCAAAGGCGUAAGCCAACAGACUGACAAUCACUCUGUGUUAACUCUUACCCAC